AGCAUUUUUGGUGUGCAAGGGCAUCCAUGUCUGGAGCUAUUGAAGCCUCUCGUCACGUGAAUUCUUACCUGUACGCACUGCAACAAAAUCACGGUUAGCGUAUAUCGCCAGGUACGUGGCAGUAUCUCAAAACUGAUCACUACCGCCUGCGUUCUCCUCGACCCACACUCUCAACUACUCUGCCCCGCAUAGAGACUCGAAGAACAUCUAGCUCAAUCUUCACGACCAUGGAAGCUCUGCCUCCUCGACCCGCUAGCAACCCUUCCCUCGACAAGCUCUGGCGCGACCUUGAAGAAGAUGCGGCUCUCCUGAGAUACCUACCUUAUAGGUGCGCCACCUUUGAGCACCAGUAUGAGAUCCCCGAAGCAGCGCCCGAGCGACUCCUGUAUGGCGACAUGCUCGAGAACAAGGAUCAGCUCUGGAUCUAUUUUACCCUCAAUUCUCAUCAUAAGCAAAGGAGCAACUAUGCGAGUAUGUUGACCUUUCAAACUAUCAAAGGUGCUGCAAAUCACGAGGCGAGCGUGCGUCCAGGUACAAUCCAGAAAGUCGCACAAGCAUCAAAGGUAUUCAAGCAUGCACAAGGUUACCAAGCAGUCGAGGCAGUCGCCAAAUAUUUCUUCAUUCAAAAAGGUAUCGACAAGCAACUCCAAUUUCCAGUAUCGUCCGCACCUUUUCGAGAUAGUCUUGUACGCGUAUGCCAACAUUACAAGGAAGUGUUCGAUGAGUUGAAGAGCCAAGAUUCAGGAAGCCGGCGUUCAUCGAUCAUGACUACUGGCGGUAAUCAUGGGAUGGAUCCUGCGCGACCCCACGGCUUUCAAGAGCCCUCGCGCGCAGCUUCAGAGGCUCCCUUCCCAGGUCAUUCUUCGUCAGCUUCUUCGAUGCUUUCUCCAGUCCAGUCACGCCUGUCAUCAAGAGCGCUGUCGCGCGGCUCGUCUCGGGCUAUGAGCCUGAGUGGCGUCGAGGGUCGUAAGCGCCGGCAUAGCGCAAGUCCUGACCAACCCCAGUUCUCCAAGCACCGAGAGUCUCAUACACAGCCAGGGCAAAGCAACGCGAUCGAGGACAAGGCCGGCGGCUUUUCUUCCUACUCACAGCCACCUUCGCCAUUCCUUGUGACUGCUCCGCCUCCUCUUCCCGAGCAUACCCUUGAGGAGAAUAUGGAAGAAGCUCAAGUCAAUGAGAGCAAUCUCGAGUCUGAACAAUCAGUAGGUGAAGGCCAUCUGGGCGACAUCGAUCGAAACACCAUGAUGGAUCAGUACAUUGCACUUAAGGCUCAGGAAGAAGAGCUCGACGGAAGGAUUGGUGACAUGGAGAUGAAGCGUGCUAAUAUUGCUGAUCAGGUCGCAGAGCUUCAAGCGGAUAUGAACGCGAUCGAUGACCGCAAAGGAGACCUGGAAGAAGAGAAGGCUCGCGUGCGAGCGGAGAAGAGGAAGCUACAGAUUAAGUUGGACGAAGACGAGCAUCUUGACUUCGGCUUCGAAGCAGGACGAAGAAUGGAGGCCAAGCGCCAGAGGAUGGAAUAAGUUCUGAAAGAUGUACGUAUACGGUACAACGCUUACGAACGGUACUGUCAGACAGACGCUUUUUCGGUCCAACAUGUACGAGACUAAGAAUAAUAAGUCGGGCUAGGCAAAUCUGAGCAUGCAGA